AUGGAGUUCUACCACACCCUGUGUCUUCUGUUUUCCCUUUCUGCACGAGUAUUGCUCGACCUCCCUUUCACAACAGCACAGUCAUGUCAUCCUGCCCAAAGCAACGCCUUACUUCAGUUCAGCAAUUCUUUCACAGUCCAAACUGAUAUGUACCUGCUCUGUGAUCCAAAGACGACUGGAUGGGAGAACGGCCUGGACUGCUGCUUGUGGGACGGCGUCACCUGUGACAAUGUAACGGGUAAUGUUAUCGGCCUCGAUCUUUCAUUCAGCUGUCUUCAGGGCACCCUCCGUUCUGACAGCUCACUCUUUGCGCUUCGCCAUCUUCACAGCCUCAACCUUGGUGGUAACAAUUUCCUUGCCUCACCCAUUUUGCCCGAACUAAGUGUUUUUGCUGAACUGAGGGACCUCGAUCUCACUCACUCGAAUUUUUCAGGAUCGAAAAUACGGAUUUCAAAGUGCUUGUUCAGAAUUUGA